AUGUCCAGUGGGGGUAGGUUUAAUUUUGACGAUGGAGGGUCCUACUGUGGAGGCUGGGAGGACGGCAAGGCGCACGGCCAUGGCGUCUGCACCGGCCCCAAGGGCCAGGGCGAAUACACGGGCUCGUGGAGCCACGGCUUCGAGGUGCUGGGCGUCUACACCUGGCCCAGCGGCAACACGUACCAGGGCACCUGGGCGCAGGGCAAGCGCCACGGCAUCGGCCUGGAGAGCAAGGGGAAGUGGGUGUACAAGGGCGAGUGGACGCACGGAUUUAAGGGGCGCUACGGGGUGCGGGAGUGCACGGGCAACGGGGCCAAGUACGAAGGGACCUGGAGCAACGGGCUGCAGGACGGCUACGGCACCGAGACCUACUCGGAUGGAGGGACCUACCAGGGACAGUGGGUCGGCGGCAUGCGCCAAGGCUACGGCGUGCGGCAGAGUGUCCCCUACGGCAUGGCGGCGGUCAUCCGCUCGCCCCUGAGGACGUCCAUCAACUCUCUGCGCAGCGAGCACACCAACGGCGCGGCGCUGCACCCGGACGCCUCCCCGGCGGUGGCCGGCUCCCCGGCCGUGUCCCGGGGGGGCUUCGUGCUCGUGGCCCACAGCGACUCCGAGAUCCUCAAGAGCAAGAAGAAGGGGCUGUUCCGGCGCUCGCUGCUGAGCGGCCUGAAGCUGCGCAAGUCCGAGUCCAAGAGCAGCCUGGCCAGCCAGCGCAGCAAGCAGAGCUCGUUCCGCAGCGAGGCGGGCAUGAGCACCGUCAGCUCCACGGCCAGCGACAUCCACUCCACCAUCAGCCUGGGCGAGGGCGAGGCCGAGCUGUCGGUCAUCGAGGACGACAUCGACGCCACCACCACCGAGACCUACGUGGGCGAGUGGAAGAACGACAAGCGGGCCGGCUUCGGCGUGAGCCAGCGCUCCGACGGGCUCAAGUACGAGGGCGAGUGGGCCAGCAACCGGCGGCACGGCUACGGCUGCAUGACCUUCCCCGACGGCACCAAAGAGGAGGGCAAGUACAAGCAGAACAUCCUCGUGAGCGGCAAGCGCAAGAACCUCAUCCCGCUGCGUGCCAGCAAGAUCCGGGAGAAGGUGGACCGGGCCGUGGAAGCGGCUGAGCGGGCUGCCACCAUUGCCAAGCAGAAGGCGGAGAUUGCAGCCUCCAGGACCUCCCACUCCCGGGCCAAGGCCGAGGCAGCCCUCACUGCGGCGCAGAAGGCCCAGGAGGAAGCACGGAUCGCCAGGAUCACUGCCAAAGAGUUCUCCCCUUCCUUCCAGCACAGGGAAAACGGGCUCGAGUACCAGCGGCCGAAGCGCCAGGCUUCCAGCGACGACAUCGAGGUGAUCUCCAUGGGGACGCCCAUGCAGCAGGAGAGCCCGGAGCUGUACCGCAAGGGCACCACCCCCUCGGACCUGACGCCCGACGACAGCCCCCUGCAGAGCUUCCCCGCCAGCCCCUCGGCCACCCCCCCGCCGGCCCCCGCCUCCAGGAACAAGGUCGCCCACUUCUCGCGACAGGUGUCGGUGGACGAGGAGCGGGGCGGGGACAUCCAGAUGCUCCUGGAGGGCAGAGGGGGGGACUACGGCCGCCACAGCUGGGGUGAGGAGAAGGCGGGGGCUUCCAGGGGCAUCCGCAGCGGGACCCUCCGCAGCGGCCCGCCCUCGGAGGACUUCCGCACCCGGGGGGGCUCGGGCCACAAGCAGCCCGGUAACCCCAAGUCCCGGGAGCGGCGGACGGAGUCGCCCCCUGCCUUCUGGACUUCCCACCCUCGGGCCAGCAACCCCAGCUCAGGGGGCGCCAAGCUGCUGGAGCUGGACGAGGAGAAGCUGAGCAACUACGAGAUGGAAAUGAAGCCCCUGCUGAGGGUGGACUCCCACGGGCAGGAGGCGUACCCCCAGAAGAGACGCUACAGCAGGGGGGCUGCCUCCCGGGGCCUGGGCGAGGACCGGGGCUUUGGGGCGCAGAGACUGAGAUCCAAGUCCCAGAACAAGGAGAACGUCCGGCCGGCCGCGGGCGCGGAGCCCGCGGUGCAGAGACUGGAGAGCCUGCGGCUGGGCGACAGGGCCGAGCCGCGGCUGCUGCGCUGGGACCUGACCUACUCCCCGCCCCAGAAGUCCUCGCCCGUGGCCCGGGAAUCGGACGAGGAGAACGGGGACGAGCUCAAGUCCAGCACGGGCUCGGCUCCCAUCCUGGUAGCCAUGGUGAUCUUGCUAAACAUCGGAGUCGCCAUUUUGUUUAUUAACUUUUUCAUCUGA